AUGGAUUCUGAAUUAAUGCACAGUAUAGUAGGAAGCUAUCUUAAACCUCCAGAAAGAGUGCUUGUUCCAUCAAUCACCCAGAGUGAUGAAUCAUCUCAGACUCACUACUCUGUGAACUUAGAAGUUACCUCUCCUAAAAUGCUUCAUAGUCCAAAUAGCCAAGCUCUUAUUUUAGCCCUAAAAACUCUUCAGGAAAAGAUUCAUCGUUUAGAGUUAGAGAGAACACAAGCUGAAGAUAACCUGAACAUUCUUUCCAGAGAAGCGGCACAGUAUAAAAAGGCCUUGGAGGAUGAAAGAAAGGAGAGAAAUCUGGCACAUGAGGAACUAAUAAAGCAGAAAAAAGAUAUAAGUAUGCAGUUAAGCUCAGCCCAGUCUCACUGUACCCUUCUAGAGAAACAACUAGAAUAUACAAAGAGAAUGGUUCUUAACGUAGAGCGAGAGAAGAAUAUGAUCCUAGAACAACAGGCCCAGCUUCAAAGGGAAAAAGAACAGGAUCAUAUGAAGCUGCAAGCAAAACUUGAAAAGCUUGAUGUCUUAGAAAAAGAAUGUUUUAAACUUACAACAACUCAGAAAACUGCUGAGGGCAAGAUUAAACAUUUAGAGGAAAAACUAAAGGAAGAAGAACAUCAGCGUAAGCUGUUUCAAGACAAAGCUUCUCAGCUUCAAACUGGACUUGAAAUCAGUAGAAUUUUGAUGUCUUCAGUAUCAAAUCCAAAGCGCUCCAAGGAAAAGAAGAAAUCUUCAAAGGUCCGCAAACUGCAGCAAAAAGUUCAGAAUUUGAAGAUGAGUGAAGCUUCAGCUAUUCAGAAAGAAGAUAGCAACUGUAAAGGAUCAAAGAACAUAAAAAAUAGCCCCAGAAAAUAUUUGCUAACUAACUCUCCUCAAAAGAACAGCAACUUUCGUCCAAUACGAGUCCAUAAUCUUCAAAUGAAAUUGAGAAGAGAUGAUAUCAUGUGGGAACAGUAA